UGCGCUCAGUAUUGUCCUGCACUUCAAGCACCCCACUCCACCGCGCUCGUUAUGCUGUCUUAAUUUUGCCUAUUUUCGACAACAAAAAUGCGGCCCACUUUGCGUUUGCUGUUUUUCUUUUCCGCACACAGUUCUAUUUAUUUUUGUCAAGCGAUUUUCGUUGAGCUAAAUGGUUCACAAUUAAGUUCAUUCGCUUUAAAGUGCUGAGCAGACAUCAAGUUCUCAAACUAACAUGAUAAUUUAGCUCAAGUGAAGCAAGAAAAAACAUUGAGCGCAUUUCAUUGAGAAUUGAAAAUAAAAUAAAAGUUUGCUAAGCAAGUGCAAGGUACAUAAAAGAACAAAAACAACAAAAACAAAAACAACUACAGCUGCUGAAAUGUCGCCAUUUAUGGAAAAAACGUUGCUGUUGUUAGGCGUGCUGUGCUGCAUACAAGUUUCCGCGGCACUCAUGUGCUAUGACUGCAACAGCGAGUAUGAUCCACGUUGCGGCGAUCCCUUUCAGCCCUACUCCAUCGGCGAGGUCAACUGCAGCAAGCAGGAGCCUUUGGAGCAUCUGAAGGACAAAUACAAGCCCAUACUGUGCCGCAAAACUAUUCAGAAGAUUUAUGGCAAGACUCGCAUUGUACGCGGCUGCGGCUAUAUACCCGACGAACGCACCGACAAGGAGUGCAUAAGGCGUUCGGGCACCCACGAUGUGUCCGCCACCUAUUGCGCCUGCACCCAGGAGCUGUGCAAUGGCGCCACUGCCGUUGGCUCAUCGCAGAUGCCUUUGCUGUUCGCCCUAGCCACUGGGUUCGCGAUCCUCAUGACAAGAGUUAGCAUAAGAGUCGAGAGAUCAUAAAUACUCCCUGAAUCUAUCUUCGUAUAAUUUUAAUUGAUUUUGGAUUCGAAAAAAAACUUCACGUGGGCAUUUUUCAGUUAAUAAAUGG